AUGGCAACCGAUGGCGUUCAACAAGACAUCGAGUAUGUCAACGUCGAAGACAUUUCAAGAUCUGAAGAAGACCAAAAGAUCUUGCAGAGCUACCACCGUCUGUCUUCACGGCGAGUAGAUCUCGUGGGUGAUUUUGCCGGUCAGGAACUGUUCGCAAUCGAGGGCGAUUCUCUUCUUCUGCAAUGCUUUGAGAAUUCAUUACUUGAUUUCGAAGAUGGUUUUCAGAUGCUGCAUGCUGUCUAUCUUGUAGAAGAUUACCUUGCACAACUCCAACGCCGUAACUGCAGAUUCCACAUCGCGUUCUUCGAGGCGCAUCGCCAGCUUUGCAUACCCCAGAACGUAAAGUCCAUCAAUCGAUCCAAAUACCUCCUUACACGAGCCGCCAUAAUACGCCACCUUCAGUCGAAUCUGAAAUCAGAACAUGUACAAACCCACUGCUUCUCUGACCUGUACAACCAAGCAUUUGAUGACUAUCUGCGUAACUCUGCAGUCUAUUUCUUGAUGUGUCACGAUGGAGCUCGCAGCUACACCACACAAGAUAGAGAUGUUCCUGAUCCAAGAAUACAGCUGAGAUCAACUAUUGUACAUUUCAUCUUGUCCGGCUACAACGUAGCUCUGAUCAAUGGCUCAGAAUUCGUCGACACAAAGAUCAUGGCCAUGGUGUUAGAAACCAAGAAACUCUCGCACAGACUGGAUCCAGCUCUAGAUGCAAGCCCCAAGCAGCUCAAUGGCGUCUCAGAGCCCAUCUCCAACCCAGAACUCAAGGACAUCGAGACAAGCACAUCCGACCUUACGGAGAGAGAACGUUUAACGAUCUUAACUCUGUCUCGUCUGAUCAAGACUUCAUCUAGCUCACCGCACGUCCAACAAUUCACACAUGACGUCCUUACACAUACUGCGCUUCUUCAUGCCUUGCCACUCUCAGCUCGUAGUCUGCAACAUGCUCCAGCAGUGAGCGACUACAAGGAGCACCUCUCCAGCUUCUGCAGCCAAGCUGCUGAGAUACUGAGAAGUUUGAGUUGGGCCCAAUUCCAUCAGGAAGUUGACAAUAACGAGUGUGAUGUAGCCGACCUCUUUGAUGGUCGUCUGUUCAACAUCAUUUGUAAGGGUCUCGACCUUUCGUCGAUGCCAGAAAUCGUGCAGAACAAACUUCGGAAACUCAGUGAAUGCUUGAAGACCAUCUGCAAUGACACAACGAGUGCCGAACGCGAGGCCAGAAAGGUGGAAACCUCAUCUCUUGAUGCUCCUUUCGCGACCUCUACAGGAAACGCAAGUGUCCUCCCCUUCUCCAACCCUGUAUUCGACAAGCAUUUGGCCUCUAUUCGUCUCGGCAUCGACGAUCGUGCAUCUGAAGAGAUCAGCAGACCUUCAGCUCGCAUCUUCCAGGAAGUAUCACACUGGCACAACGCCAAGCGACCAAUUCAAUCGAAAAACACACCAGUGCUUUCUCCACGAGACGAGCUACGUGCCCGCCGCAGAAACCAGAAGUACAUGGAUGAGAUGCAAAAAUAUGCUGCAAGUUUGACCAAUUCUGUGGGAAGAGCACUAGAGCCCGAGACACUUCUCGUAAAGUCAGCAGCCGCUUCGAAGGUGUCACAGAAAUCUGAGAACAAGAAACCAAAUGCUGAGUCUACCAAGAAUGCUGACACUUCAAAGAAAAGUGGCAACCCUAAGGGCGGCAAGAAGAACGUCAAGGUCAGUGGCAAGCAGGCUGCUCAGGAAGCGGCUGCAGCUUUCCAAGCCAAGAAGGCAGAAGCUUCAGACACUAAAGUCAUGCAAGCAUGGCACAUCAUUCUGAAGAGUUUAUCUGCCGAGAAAGACCUGCCAUCUCGUUACAUCAAGACCAAGGAUUAUUUUACAAGCUUGCCCAAAGACAAGAGAGAAAUUCUUGGUGCCGAGGUGCAACUGUUCUCUCUAAGCACCUUGGUGGAGAUUGCCAUCCAAUCGGGGAAGACCAACGAUCAAGAUCCCAACGGCAUUGUUGCUUUAAUCUGGCACACUGCCAGAAACCUCGUUCAGUGCGACAACCUGACCAAGACGAUUUGCGAGAAGAUCAAACUUACUGUAGACACUUUUGGCCUCCCACCCGUCGAUAUCCCGAAGCCAACGCAGGACAAAGCUCUGCCGUUCCGCUUUGCACUUCCUUUGCAAAGUGCAGAACUUGUGAAGAACAAGCUGCCCAGCAAGGCGUUCCAGCUUCUUCACUGUGGGCCUUUCCUUGACCGUAGUAUGGACGCUGCUCCCGACUCAAGAGUAGACUUCGAGCCGGAUGGCUGGCAAAGAAAGGUCCUUGAUGGUAUCGACGACAACAAGAGUCUCUUCGUGGUCGCUCCCACUUCUGCUGGUAAAACUUUCAUCUCGUUCUAUGCAAUGAGAAAGGUCAUCGAGGCCGACGACGAGGGUGUUCUCGUCUACGUUGCACCGACCAAGGCCUUGGUCAACCAGAUCGCCGCUGAAAUCCAGGGCAGAUAUUCGAAGAAGUUCAAGUAUCCAGGAAAGAGCGUGUGGGCCAUUCACACUAGAGACCAUCGCAUCAACAACGCAACGGGAUGCCAGGUUUUGGUUACCGUGCCUCACGUGCUCCAGAUCAUGCUUUUGGCUCCCUCGCACGCCAACUCAUGGGCCACUAGGGUCAAGCGCAUUAUCUUUGAUGAAGUCCACUGUAUCGGCCAAGCUCAGGAUGGUGUCGUCUGGGAGCAGCUUCUGUUGCUCGCCCCUUGUCCCAUCAUUGCACUUUCGGCCACAGUCGGCAACCCUGAUGUUUUCAGUGACUGGCUGUUAACAACCGAGAAAGCCAUGGGCAUUGAUUUCGAAAUGGUUAGACAUCCUUACAGAUACUCCGACCUGAGAAAGUUCUACUAUGAUCCGCCGAAGAAAUUCUUGUUCGAUGGUCUAGGACAGAAGAAGGGUCUACCAACACUUGGAUUGGACGAGAGUACCGGCUUCGAAUACCUUCAUCCUGUUGCUUGUCUUGUCAACCGUUCGGCAGGUAUGCCAGACGACCUCUCCUUCGAGCCUCGUGACUGUUACACUUUGUGGAAAGCCAUGAAAGAGCACUCCAACGACAAGUACAGUUUGUCAACAGAGCUUGAUCCUGUAUAUGCCUUACCCAACGUCAUUCGCAAGCAGGAUGUUUUGAAAUGGGAAGCAGAUCUGAAGAAGGUCUUGGCUGCAUGGAUGGAAGAUACUGCGUCACCUUUCAAUGCUGUCUUUACCACACUCUCUGGCAAGCGACCCCAGAAGGAAGAGCUUUACGCACCAACUGCAAAGCGCACUGGACAACAGGAGGCCCAGGAGGUUGAAGAGGAUAACUUCCUUCCCCUGCUUUGUAGACUCCAUGAACAGGAUGCAAUGCCAGCCAUUCUCUUCAACUAUGAUCGCACAAGAUGUGAAGACAUCUGUGCUAAGAUUCAUGAUGACUUGAAGGAAGCUGAGGAUCAGUGGAAGGCAACUGAUCCGAAGUGGAAAGCCAAGAUUGCUCAGUGGGAGGCAUGGAAGAAGGAGCAAGAGCGAAAGGGUGCCAAGGCUAGCAAAGUCUCAAAGAGUAGGAAGCCUGCCGAAGAAGGCAUGACUAAGGCAGACAUGCAGCGUGAUGCUGCUGAUACCGACGCCAAUGGUUUCGAAGGCUUCGAUCCCGCAGCUCCUCAAGAUGGAUACCACUUCUGCAACUUCAAGGCUAUCCAGAUCUCUGAACUUGAGGACUACAUGAGGGAACUCGAGUGGCGGCAUGUGCCGCAGUGGCUCAUUGUCGCUCUGACCAGAGGUAUUGCCGUCCAUCACUCAGGCAUGAACCGCAAAUACCGCCAGGUUGUUGAAAUUUUGUUCCGCAAGGGCUUCCUCAGAGUCGUUGUCGCGACCGGUACACUUGCCUUGGGUAUCAACAUGCCCUGCAAGACUGUCGUUUUCACGGGCGAAUCAGUGUUCUUGACCGCUCUUGAGUACCGUCAAUGUGCCGGUCGUGCUGGUCGUCGUGGCUUCGAUCUGCUAGGAAACGUUGUUUUCCAGAACAUGCAGCAUGAGAAGGUACUGAGAUUGAUGUCUUCAAGAUUGCCUGACUUGAACGGUCAUUUCCCAGUCACAACCACACUGGUUCUCCGUCUGUUCACGCUACUUCACGGGUCUAACAACUCGAAGUACGCAGCUUCAUGCAUCAACUCACUGCUCUCUCAGCCUCGCCUGUACAUGGGAGGUCCUUCUUUCAAGGACCAGACACUCCACCAUCUCCGUUUCUCCAUCGAGUACCUGCGUAGACAGCAGUUGCUCGACGCAAAGGGCACGACUCUGAACUUUGCUGGCCUGGUCUCCCACUUGUACUUCACAGAAAACUCCAGUUUUGCAUUCCAUGCACUACUCAAGGAGGGCUACUUCCACAGACUUUGUGCAAACAUCGACAACGACACAGAGUCGGUGGUUAACACCUUGAUGCUUGUCAUGUCGCAUCUGUUUGGCCGUGUCUACUGUCGGAAAUCGGAUGCAGAGUAUCGUGAAAAGGUGGUGAAGCCAUCGUCAUCGAUAGUGUUCUUACCUCCUCUACCGGAAGAAGCAGGCCAGAUCCUGAAUGAGCACGGAAAGCAAACGCUCGAUAUUUUCAGCACCUACGUUCGAACAUUUGUCGAUCAGCAUGUACAGAAAGCAGAUGACAUUCUGCCGCUCACAGCUAGACAGGUUGGCUGUUCAUCAGCCGAGUCAGCUCCUAGUCUGGAAGAAGUCUCUCUUCCUUCUACCAAGAUUCGUUCGCCAUUCGUCGCUCUAUCUGGACACACGGAUCACUUUAAGUCUAUCAGUGAGCUGUGUCGCUCGGUCAGAUCUGGUGUCUUCCUUGAAGAGUCGGCUAUUCCCCAUGUAGCCAUGCUCUCACAAGACCUUGACCAACCUUUGAACGCUUUUCUGGUCGACUUCUUCAAGCACGGCGACGUCAAGACUCUAGAGAAAGCAAACGGCAUCAGACGAGGUGACGUUUGGUUCAUGCUUAACGACUUCUCCUUGGUUCUUGCUACAAUCAUUACUAGUCUGCUCAACUUCAUGAAGCUCAAGGUAGGAAGUGACAUGGAUUUCCUCGACACCAUGGGAGAGCUUGACACCCUGGAAGAGGCCGAAGACGAGACUGUGGCUGUCAAGGAAGAUGGAGAAGCCAUUCCUGCUCCUAGCGAAGCACCCAAAGCCGCAAUGGCUACGAUCACCAAGAAGAAAGCAAAGAAGGCCGAGAGUUGGGAGGAUAUGGCUGACGAGGAAGAAGUCAUUGAAAAGGAUUACAACGAGGCUGCUGCCAAAUUGGAUGAGCUCAACAUUGACAGCGCUGCAUGGGAAGGCCAGGGCGGUGAGAAGGGACUGCUUAAGGUGCUUAAGGCUUUCCAAAGAUUGCAUUCGGAGUUCAACCUGAAGUUCAAGGCUAUGUGGGCAUAG